AAAUGUAGUACCUCGAGGCAGCAUCUACGCAGAGUAAUUUGUAAUAUCAAGCCUCGGCAAAUAGGCAGCUGUUGCCUAGUUCCCACGACUAUAAAGCGCAGUGACCAGAAACUCCUCAUACCGAUCCCAGUGAAUCCGAAAGCUCGACAAAGCACGUACAAUCACAGUCCUCUCCCGACAUGGCAUCUGUGAUUUUCUGGAAUCUCUCUGAACUGAAGCUGGAGGUGUUCCGGAGUCUGCAUAAUGAUAGGUGUUGGCGAGAGCUGGCUCGUUGUGCUCGCGUGCACAGCAAAUGGACCAACCUUGCUCUAGACGAGCUGUGGCGAGCAGAUGUCUACCUCAUGGCAAAAUCGCUUGCAUCAAUACCCCGAGCUCGUCGCCAGUAUUAUGCUUCGCGCAUGGCUACCCUUGACCUCAGGAUGAGCUACAAUGAUUCCAUUCACUCCUAUGAUGAUUCCAUACACUCGAGUGUCGAUGGGUUGAAAUUCCCCAAGCUGAAGAAAGUCACUUUCGACAACUGCAGUCGCGAUGAAUACCAGCGAUAUCGACUCGCAGAUUACAUUCAAUCUACUUUAGAGACGCUGAGUGUUGAAGAUCGUGCAUACUCGGACGCAAAGAUCGGACCAUUAUUACUAUCAGAUGUCGCUGAUCGGUGUCGGAAUCUCAAAACUAUCAAGUUCUCAGUUCCUGGUUGGGACAUUGCACCAAAAGAUCUUGCCCGACUCUUCGAGAGCGUCUAUCCCGGCUAUGUGUACUUUGCUUCCAAUUAUGAUGGCGUUAUCACAUACGAUGUGUUACAGGCUUUAUCUCGCAACCCGAACCUCAAGUACCUCAUUCUAGAGUCUGUGCGUGUUGCUGAGAGCACUACUGCUCCGUUCCCAGUCAUGGAAGAAUUGAGAUUGAAAGUAUACUCUGACGCAGUGCCCUGGGUCACAAAAUGCUUCGGUGCGGUCACCAAGCUCGAAAUCGCGAUUUUUGCAAGCUCAAACGAGCCUUGUCUUCAGCACGUCUCUAGCUUGUCACAAUUACGUGAGCUUAGUAUCAUAACACCUGGCGGUUCAGGUGAACGACUUCUGGAGCACGACUUCAUAGCUCUGAGCUCUUUGCACAAACUCUCCACUUUGAAAAUUGGCGGCAGUUUCUAUCCUACGACGACCAACUGGUCACAAAGGGACUCGGAAGCCAUGUUCUCUGGGCUUCCUUCCCUGGAACAUGUCGAAAUAUUCUUCGGAAGAGAUACUGUUCCUGAUAGCAUCAUAUCAGCAAUAUCACGCUUCUGUCCAAGACUUAGAUUCAUCAGUCUCAUAGGAAGAAUCAAGGAGAGCCGCUUUCUGGAGCUAGAAGCACCGCUGUUUCCGAAUCUCAAAUCCAUGGAGGUCUCCGGUUUCGUAUCUGGUCUUGCAAUAGAUGAGGUCGUGCGAAUGCUCAAUGAUAUCGCGCCUGCAUUGGAGGUCUUGCGGUGCCCAAACGAGCAUCAGCAUACGCAGAGAAUAUGUCAUGCCUUCGAGGUCUUUCGAAAUCCAGCACGAGUAGCACAGCGCAUGGAGAGACAUCUUUCUGAGCGUGCCAAGAUACCGGACGCCUCAAAAAUUACGCCAUGAGGCAUUUGUCUUAUGCCAUGCAAGUUAGUCCAGAAAUUCGUAGGAGGUAGCGCGAUGUCCAAUUACAUCAGACUAUGAUACGCAAUACGUGCUUCUCAAGUGCACCCUCCUCACUUACUAAUUACACUACCUCUGAACUUUAUAGUUGUUUAUGUUCCAUCAAAGACGAACGUACAUUUGUUGUUCAGAGCUCCUAUGCUUCCCUUGCCCCUUUGAAUGUCGUGUCAUGCAUCGAUGAGCCUGUCGCGGUCAAAG